AUGGCCGUCAACGAGCAAACGCUGCCCGAGUUGCAGCCCGUCUUCACCCUGCUGAAUAGCCAUGCGAACAAGCUGUAUCAGGAAGGCUAUUUCCUGAAGCUGGACGAUCAGGAUAUUCGAGGGAAUCCGAACCCUGAUCGAACAUGGACGGAGUGCUUUGCGCAGUUGGUCGGCACCGUCCUGUCACUUUGGGACGCCGCUGAACUGGACGCGGCGGGAGAGGAUGGGGAGGUGUUGCCCAAGUUCAUCAAUCUGACGGAUGCGUCGAUCAAGAUGAUUGAAUCGCUCCCGACCAAGUCUAACGAUGAGCAGCCGCUCCAGAAUAUCCUGAGCAUCAGCACUGCUGGCCGCAACCGGUAUCUGCUUCACUUCAACUCACACCAUUCAUUGGUCCAAUGGACGUCGGGGAUACGACUUGCCAUGUUCGAGCACUCGACACUCCAGGAAGCUUACACAGGUGCCCUGGUCGCAGGCAAAGGGAAGAAGCUGAACAAUAUCAACAUCAUUAUGGAACGUGCCAGGCAGCCGAUCCAGGAAUGGGUGCGCGUCAGAUUUGGUGCAGGUGUUCCUUGGAGACGAUGCUACUGCGUCAUUGAUCCUCCCAGCGAGAAGGAAUACCAAAAGGCGCAGAAAGAGUUCAAGAAGAAGUCUCCUUAUGACCGUCACGGCCCUGUCCUGAAGGGUGAGAUCAGGUUCUUCGACACCAAGAAGGAAGCCGACAAGAAAAAGAAACAUCAGCGGCCAAUCGCAUCCAUCACCGACGCAUACUCCGCAUAUGCCAUCUACCCGCAAGCCAAGGAGCUCAUUGACAGCUCGACGCUGUUGAAGAUCGAAGGGAACAUCACCAUACACUCCGAGCCACCAUCGUCAACAGAAGGCUUUGUUUUUAUCAUGCCGGAAACGCACCCUGCCGUCUCGGGUUUCGAAAUGCUUCUGCGCUUCCUAUUUCCGACAUGGGAUACCUUCGCUUUGUAUGGCCGGCCUGGCCGCCUGGUGGCAAGCUCCCUUGAUUCGCGUUCCUUGAUGUUUGCAAUGCCGAAGCACAAACGCUACGGCUAUCUCGAGCUUUUGGACGUGAGCGGGCUGAUCUCGACGGAUGGGAGCUCCUCGUGGUCAGAAAGAGAGUGGCGGAAGAAGCUGAAGGAACUGACAGGACAGCGCAUGGCCGCGAUGGAAGAGCAGGCUGGCAGUCACAGCCGGAGCACAAGCCGUAACAGCAAGCGGUUGAGCUACGGGGCUCAGAACUUAGGCUCGCGGCCAAGGGUUGGCUUUGCAGAGGAUGGUGGCUCGGUCCGGUCGUCACGAUCACUAUCCGUCUCACGGGCGGGUCGUAACGAAUCGGCUCCUCCUGACCCAAACCGGGAGCGGGCACCGUUGGGAACCGCAGGGUAUCCCGGGCACUCCCGUAACAUAUCGGAUACCCAGAUAGCCGAUGGGUCGUUCACCUUCGGUUCGGACACGUAUCCGCCAGGACCGGUAGCGAUGCGCGGCUCCGACCGUGCUAGGGCCUUUGCCAGCGACCUGGCCUCCACGCCCGAGAGGGUUAGCUCCGAAGAUGACAGUCCGGUGCGAGGCCCCAUGGGCCCCGUGGCCAACAACCUCGAGGAGAUGCAGCGCAUGGAGACGCCUGAACCGGUCAACGCACCUCCGGCGUUUGCGCAUGGCGCAGGUUCUCGCCCGCUGCAGAAGCCCCAGCCCUCUCCGGAAAUGCGAAGAGCCACCAACCGGUUAUCACACACCACGCUGUCGCAGCUCGCCAAGGCUGGAGGCUUCCCCCCUGACGCCUUCUCAUCGGAUGACUCUCAUGAACACCGCCUCGAGGACGGGGGCGCUGGUCCGGGACCCGUGCACACUGACCAGCGUGGUCUAGCGGUACAGCCACAAACCACCGCCAACGCCGUGGGAACUGAUGCUAAUGUGAAUGGAUCUCGUGAAGUUGUGACAUCGCCUACCACUGCCUCCUCACCGGGCGACAGUCCAGUACCGCCGCCACCACUCCGGGAUCCUUCUCGGAAACGCUCGAUCUCUCCGCUCAGGGCUCCCCCAAAUGACCAGGCUCGUAAUCCUCCGCCGGCCUUCCACUCCGGACCUCAUGCUCCCCAAUCCGCUGGCCAUUACCCGUCUCCAGCUCACCGCCGUACCCCCUCCCCGGAUCCGCACCGCCAUCAAUCUCCACCGGCCUCGAGUGGUUCACCUCCCAUUAACAGGAAGCCUCUUCCCGCUAGGACGACAAGCCUAUCCCACGGCCGCGAUGCUGCAGCCCAGCCCGCUUCGCCCCGGUCACCAAACAUGUUCCACUUUCCGGGAUCGGGCGCCCGCUUUAGGCAGCUCGACGAAUUCACUUCUCCGGUCGUCUCGCCGCAGAACCAGAACAGCCAGAGAAAUGCAGCGGGCGGCUUCGACGACGCGUCAUCAACAGCCAGCCCGGAUUAUGCGAGCACUAGUGGUUCUAUUGAUGAUACCCAGGAAUCCGUCUACCGGCCCCGUGAUCUGCGGCCUCGUGCUGGCAAGCUCAAGACCAUAGGGGACGAUCCCACAAGUUCGUCCAAGGCGGGAUCGGACUUGGAAUUCGACAUUCCCGAGAUCGAUUUUGGGCGGACGCUCAACUAUGCUGCCCCCGUUCUGCCAAGCGACAAGUCGUCGUCCAAGGAUUCAUCAAAGCGGAACGACGCCUCGACUGGUUCGGGUCGAAAGUCCCCUGGACCAGCGGCGGCAUUCUCCCAUCUCAAGCGGCAAUCAGAUGAUGCUAGCACCAACCGUCGAAGUGUAGUCUGGCCGGGCCCCCCUACCGGGCCGUCCACGACGCCCACGCCCCUCUAUGCCCACCAGCGCGAUCCAUCAACCAAUACACUGACCGAGUACCGCGCGUCGCAUUCCCGGCACAGCUCGGCCGACCUGCUCUCCUCCGGACGACCUAUGAGCCGCUCACACUCUCGGCAUAGCUCGGCCGAUCUCCUUUCCACCGGACGACCUCUCAGCCGCGGACCUGCAGCUCUCCUAUCCGAGGCUGAAGUGUCUAAGGGACCGGCCAACCGCGGUGGUUUGCACUCCCGCAGCAAUUCGGCCGAUCUGCUCUCCUCGGGGCGUCCCCCAAGUAUGGGACCGGGAGCUGUCCUAUCCGUUGGGGAGGUGUCAUCCCAUCUGUCGGCGCGCGAGCAAGAACACGUCGCGCGAGUCACGGGAACUCCAUUGAUUGCCAUGGCUACUAACAAGGCCCCGUCGCAGACGCAGAGCGGCCUGGUUGGCGCGAUCGAGUUUAGGGAGCGAGAAAGGGCACAGAUGAGACAGGGAAUUGGCGGGCAGGCGGUCGCGCAGGCUAUCGACCAGAGACACCGCGAGCAGCACCAGCAAGCCCAGCGAGCCGCACAGGUUGCAUACGCGCAGCAACAGGCCCAGUUUGCUGCCCAGCAAGUUCAGGCCCGUCCGCAAACUCCGGGAGCAAUGGGCAUGGGCAUGAUGAUGGGCUCCGGUGCCCCUUCGCCCUACGGCCCGCCGAUGCAGCCCCGCCCGCAGACGCCGGGAGGCAUGGGUAUGAUGGGCGGCGGUGCUCCUUCUGCGUACGCGCCGAGCAUGGCUGGCAUGAACAACCGCAGCAUGAGCCCCGGCCCUGGCCUGAUGAGCCCCGCACGCUUUGGGCAGGGACCUCCACCGCCGCGGCCCCCGAUGAUGCCUCAAGCGAACUCGUAUGGCAAUGGCGGCCCCGGUCCCCAAGGGUUUCCUCAAGGGUUUCCGCAGGGCAAUGGAUGGAACAUGGGCAACAUGGCGCAACGUCCGGGACCUCCCCCGAUGCCUUCGCCUGGCAUGGGCUUUGGGAUGCAGGGCCAGCGGCCACAAUCGCCCGCAUACCAACUGCCUCCUCAGGGUCAAUAUGCUCCGCCCCCUGGGACGCCGGGUGGUCCGAGGCCCGGUACACCUGGCCGCAUGCAGUUCCAAGGCCAAGCUUUCUAG